GCAUGUUCGGAUUUGGCAAAAGCUGCCAAUGCCUAACUGGUAAGGAGCGAUGGUGAUUGGGAGCAUUUGGCUGCGGGCGGGUCCUUGAGAAUCGAAAGAAUCUGCGAGUGGGAAUUGGAGAGAGGGGAAGAAAAAAACAUAAAAAAUAAAAAUACACCCCGCAUUAUCAAGAGCACUUGGAAGAGAGCCUUGCUCGCGAUAGAGAGUCCGUCGCCAUCUCAAGAUCGCAGCUGCUUGGUUUCUCUCGAAGCCCCGCGUUUCAAAGCAGCGUUGCGUCACCAACUCCUCAUUUUUACGUGACGAGGCAUUCGCCAUUACCAGCCUUGAACUUCAUUGAUCGAUUCCGCAACCUGACAACGCAUGCAAGGAGCGAGAGCCCGACUCCGCCCAAGAAUCCUUGUCGUUCGGACUUGCCCAGCUGGGUUUAAGCCCUGUGCGUCACUGCACCACCAAACCCCGGGCUGUACCAAUUCACAACGCUCAGGCUUCCACUUCAGUCGGUUGGUUCCUGGACCACACCUCAGCACACCCACAAGAUGUCAACACCCGGAGAGAUGAACCCCGAAUCUUAUGAGUUCCAGCAGCCCAUCGGCCGGCCAAAUUUCGCCAUCGGGCAGCACGACUCCGACAGACGGGAUGUUUUGUCGGAAAAACAACAUUCCCAUGUCUUGUCAUGUGGUUUCAACUUCCUCACUGCGCCCAUCACCAAUCGCCACUUCCACCGCCGUGUCGUGGAUCUGUACCACUCCCACAUCAAGGAGGUCCAGGAGCAUGGCCUGAGUGAAGCUGAGAAGGCGAACCCUUCGCUUCCAGGGCCCAUACUGCCCACUCUAACCAACGCGGAUACAUCGCUGUUUCCGAGUCCGUAUUCUGGAGCCCUGGUGGCCUACUCAAGUCCCUGGAUCGACCUGUGUGCUGAAGAUCCCGUGGUUGCCAGCCUGUCGCGUCAAGCCCUCAACCUCGAGGUUGCAUACGCAAACUUCUGCGGCGCUCGCAGCGUCAUUGUUCCUGGCCCCCGGAUCGAUGCCGAUUCCAGGGGCGUUGCCCAGUAUGCCCGCGCCAUUCAGGAAGCCUUCAUCGUCGGCGUGAGGGUCAACCUGAUCAUCCACUUGCCCAUGUAUCGGGAACCGGGCCUCGAGGAGAAGGAGGACCUACUCUCUACCACCGUGAAUGGAACUGCUAGCAAGCCCCUGUCUAUCGAAGCUGCCGAGAUAGAUCUGUUUGGUGUUUGGGGCACUUGGCACACCAUCAGAACUGUGAACGAGUACACAGCGAGGCUGUUUGUUGCUCUGAGGAUUCCAUGCAGACUUCCAGACAAGGACCUCCAGACUCGGUGGUUCUCUGAGCCUUUGCACUAUCUGACCUUCGGCCCGACAAGCUUUCAGGAGAACAGGACGGGCAACCCCUCGUUCGGCAAGCAUCACCAGGACAUGAUCAACAUGUACAUGCGGCUGAAGAACUACCCCUGGAUGAUUUUAUAUGAUGUCGGCCCAACUGCAGAAGAGAUUACGAAGCUCACAGCCGACGAGUUCCCAAGUCUCGCGGAAGCGCACAAUGGCAUGAGCAGCCGCACAUCCAGGCCAGAACGCAACCCCCAGGUCGCAUAUCUACAACAUUUGGAGCGCCAGCAGCCUCCGUACUCGACACUGGAGACUCCUGCGCUCGUCAGCUUCCAGGACUGGUUGCAGUCACCACUGCAGCCAUUGUCGGACAACCUCGAGUCGUCUACGUACGAGAUGUUCGAGGGAGAUCCCGUCAAAUACGACCAAUACGAGAAGGCCAUCGCCAAGGCCAUGGCCGAGUGGAAGAUGCUCAACAAGCCAACCUCGUCUAGCGACGGCGCGCUCGUCGUCGCGGUUGCGGGCGCCGGGCGCGGGCCCCUCGUCACGCGCGUGCUGCGCGCCAGCGCCACCACGGGCUUCCCCGUGCAGCUGUGGGCCGUCGAGAAGAACCAGAACGCAUAUGUGUACCUGCUGCGCCAGAACGAGCGCGAGUGGGGCGGCCGCGUACGCGUCGUCAAGACGGACAUGCGGGAGUGGGACGGCCCCGUGCUGCCAGGCGAUGCCGGCGCAGUGGCCCCCGGCACCACGGCGCCGGCGGUCGACAUACUCGUCACGGAGCUUCUGGGGUCGUUCGGCGACAACGAGCUCUCGCCCGAGUGCCUGGACGGCAUCCAGCGCCACCUGGCGCGCCCGCACGGCAUCUCCAUCCCGCACUCGUACACGGCGCACCUGUCGCCCGCCGCGCACCCGCGCAUCCACGCCGACCUGGCCAACCGCCACGCCACGGGCUCGGCCGGCGGGCCCGACGCGCACGUCUUCGAGACGCCCUGGGUCGUGCGGCUCUUCGCCAUGGACUUCCUCGCCGCUAAGGGCGUGCCCGGUAAGCCACGGAUCCAGGAGGCCUGGGAGUUCGUCCACCCGGUCCGCCUGCCCUUCGCCGAGCGCUGGGCGGCACAGCACGGGCCCCACAGGAGGGUCAACCGCGCCGGCGGCGGCAGCAUGAACCUCGCCGCGGGGCUCAACGAGCACAAUGCGCGCCAUUGUCACCUCACCUUUGUGUGCGGGCGCAGGGGCGCGGUCCAUGGCCUGGCGGGGUACUUUGAGUCGACGCUGUACGCGUCGCAGGUGCCCGGCAAGGAGAAGGACCUGGUCGAGAUCAGCAUCCACCCGGAGCGUAUCGAUCAGAAGAGCAAGGAUAUGAUCUCGUGGUUCCCCAUCUUCUUUCCUCUCAAGCAACCGCUUUAUUUCCCCGAAGACGCCGAGCUCGAGGUCAGCAUGUGGCGGCAGACGGACGACACCAAAGUGUGGUACGAGUGGAUGGUCGAGGCCUUCAUCUGGGUUAGCCCAACGCAGCGCCUCAAGGUCGGCGCCUCGGAGAUGCAUAGCAGUCGCAAGGUCGCUUGCUUGAUGUAGGGAAUGGGUUAGUGUGCUUGCCAAAGGGAAGGAAAAGUCUGGAGUUUGGUCAUUGGUUGGAUUGGUAGGCUCUAGUGGGAGGGCUUUGAAGGAUUUUGAUUCUUCUACUUGGCAGCAAUCCCAGUAGUAGUCCAAGAUAGCGGCUUUUCCCGCUCUCAAAAGGAUUUCUCCAUUUAUUCAAGAGGACCUCGGCCUGACCUCGAGGAAAAUUAGGCGAAUCGCAAAUUCCCAUAUGAAAACGCCAUCUACCCAAUGCUCCGGUACAGUUUUAGGUAUUCGCUUUUAUCCUCCACUCUUGUUUCCUCCAACC